AUGCUCUACUCAACAACGGCUUGUCCCAUCGGGAAAUCGCUUGUCAGACGGGUCGCUCAAGACGAACUAUUGACCUUUAUGCAAGGAAUCCGCAAGAAUACGGCACAGCAAUACAUUCUGGACGGCACAGGCUGCUAUCGGUUCAAGCUGAACGAGAAGUCUGUCGAAAAGCAUCAAACUCUACGAAGUCCGCCAACCAAAUCAGAUCCGAAAUUCCUGAAAACGUCUCGAAGAACACCAUCUUACGAACAAUUCAUCGGUCCGGUCGACUUGUGAAUACUCCAAUGAAGGCAGCACCUCGUCUACAGCAACGCCAUAAGAAUGAACGGCUCCAGUUUGCACGCUCUAACAUGGCCACGGAUUGGAAUAAGGUAUCAAUGUUUUCUAUCACCUUAUGAUUCCCAGUUUUUCUGUUCAGAUCAUCUUCAGCGACGAGAAGAAAUUCAACCUUGAUGGGCCAGAUGGGUACGCUCACUACUGGAGAGAUUUGAGGAAAGAUCCGAUGUACUUCUCCAAGAGAAACUUCGGCGGCGGCAGCCUCAUGGUCUGGGCGGCUUUCUGCGGCAACGGGACGGUAGCUCUUUCUUUUAUUGGGACCGGAACGAAUUCGCAAGACUACCAGCAACUGCUUGCCCAGCAUCUCCUGCCCUCUCUCCGUCGCCGACGACGUGCUAAUAUGAUUUACCAACAAGACGAUGCAUCUGUUCACGCGAGCAACUUCACAUUGGCUUGGUUUGCGGCCAAUAACGUGGUUCUUCUACACUCGCCCGCGUGCAGUCCUGACCUCAACCCUGUAGAGAGUUUAUGGUCAGUCCUUGUACGAAGGGUCUACGCGAAUGCCAAGCAGUAUACAACGGUCAACGAUCUGAAAAGAGCGAUUCGUGCCGAGUGGGAUGGUUUGGACAAGUCUCUGCUGCAAUCACUCGUUGGCAGCAUGCCGAACAGGAUUUUUCGAAGUCGCUCAGGAACAAGGAGGCAUCACACAUAAUUAAUUAAUUUUUUUGUUAUACUUUGUUGACUUUGUGAAAUGAAUUUUUGUUGAUUACUUAUAGUGGGUCUAUAAUUCUGCGUCGGUCAAAAAAAUCAGAUUUUCUCGUAUCUUGAAAAAAACUUUUUCAACUGGGUGAUUGAUAAUUAUGAUAUGAUUAUGUUCCUUAUCAACAAGGUUUAUCACAAAAAAAGUUUGGUGGCUGAAAGUUUUUCAAUCUUUCUUAAAAUCGGAGAAAUUAGGGUGGGUCUAUAAUUAUGGGUCGCAGUGUAUAGGAAGACCAUUUCUAAAGGCCACAAACCUCCCUUCUAGCUCGUUGAGUUCGAUAAUUAAUUUGACUUUUUUCAAUACUUUUCCGUGUAGUUUUCACUUUUCUAUAUCCGAUUCGUCUGUGGUAGAAAUGACGCCGGCACAGAUACUGCCAAGCUUCCUAAUCUUGGCAUAACCAUUCAGAUUUUCAACCUUUUUUGAUUUUUUUUUUCAAUCAAUCGAUUAUUUCGUUGUUCACAGAUGUUAUCGACUGAGCUGUAUGCAAGAGCUUUUGAAGCCCCAUUCAAAAUCGUCUCUGGCGAAUUGGAAGUCAACAUUUACAGUCCAAGGGGUUGGAAGCAUUGUCUGACGGUCCUUCGCUCCGUUCUUCUGCGCGUAGUUCAUCCAGUUGCGCUACGAUGA